AUGAAUAAGAAAGUCUCAAGAUCCACCAGCUGGAGUGACCUGCCUCAUGACAUACUUGUAAGGAUAUUCAUGUCUCUCAACCUUCUGGACUUGGUUACUGGUGCGUUCCGAACCUGCAGGACAUGGCGCGCAGCCUGUUCGGACCCCUCAUUGUGGAAGAAGCUAGAUUUGAAUUCGGUGCAAUUGAACAUGCUCAGCAUUGCCCGCCGUCCUUUUUCCAUGGCCGACAAUAGAUCAUGCAGGAUGUUGCUGCUAGUCUUGUGUGGUGCUUUGAAUCUUAGCCGCGGAAAUUUGACUUGUUUGAUGUUAAUUAAUUUCUAUGUGGACGUAGACGGCAGGGAGUUAAUCUAUGCCGCUCAAAGGAGCCCUAAACUCAAGAGCCUAGUCCUACCACCAUGGAGUCCGUUAGACAUGUUUGCAUUCGAAGAGGCGAUAAAGUACUGGAAGGAGCUCGAAUCCGUGACUGCUUUGUAUAUAUAA